AUGCGAUUCAAUAUGCAGAUGCCCCUGGGACUGGGCGCCCUCUGGACCUUCUUCGAGGGCCUUAUUCACAAGGGUCCCACCUAUCACCCAAGUCGGCCGCCUUCGUACCCUCUCGCCGUCCGCAACCCGUAUCUGUCGGCCUGGAUGCCCAGCGAUCGCGUGCACCUACUACCCUCGUCUGAGCCGCAGUUCUGGGCGGGGCAGGAGCUCGGUUGGUCUGUCAUCGUUCGUGUUAAUGGCAAGGCUUAUAGCCUGAUGGGCGUACCCGACCUGGAAUCCAGCAACAUCAUUCCGGCCACAGUUCGUCGCGCCGAGUUCACCUCAACUCAUUCGCUCUUUGAUCUUACCGCAGGCGGGAUUGCCUUCACUUUGGAUUUCUUUUCGCCUGUGUCGCCCUCAAAUUAUCUUCGCCAUUCAAUCCCUUUCAGCUACUUAACCGUCCAUAUCGAGGAUGCUCAUGGUGUUGAUAUUCAAGUAUAUUCGGAUAUCGAUGGGAGAUGGACCGGUCGAGAAGAACGCUCCGUGCAUAGCUUUGAGGAGCGUAACGGCCUGGUCGUUCAUUCCCUCUCAGUAGCAGACGCAGAAAAGUAUGCCGAGGCGAACGAUAUGGCCCUAUGGGGCGAAGCGAUACUGGCUUCUCGCCAGUCGAAUUUGAGCACACUCUCCACAAUCGCCGGUGACCCCAGAACAGUACGCGGCCAGUUUGCCCAAGAUGGUAAUCUGUCAGGUCAAGAAUCCACUUGGUCACACCGAAACAUUGUGGCUGUUGCCCACGAUCUGGGAAGUGUCACUGGUGGUAUUGCUGUGAAUUUUGCAGUAGGCUACGAGAGGAAGGAGGCUAUCAAUUACCUGGGAGAGGCUUACACGGGCUACUACCGAGCAUAUCACCCGACCACCCACGAAGCCCUCGACUUCUUCCUGGAUGACUAUGGGGAUGCUGUUCUGGAGUCCGUAGAGCUGGACUACGAGAUGAUGACCUUUGCGACCGCUGUUGCCGGUCCUAAGUAUGCGGAUAUCGUAGCUUUGUCAACACGUCAGGCAUACGGUGGCAUGGAUUUAACGAUAUCUAAUGUAUCACUGGACACGGAUGAUGUGCUGGCCUUCAUCAAAGAGCUUUCCAGCGAUGGUAAUGUCAAUACCAUUGACGUUAUCAUGCCGGCUUUCCCAAUCUACUGGGUCAUGGAUCCGAACUGGAUCCGGCUACUGCUUGAGCCUAUCAUGAGAUACACGGAUGCCGGGCGCUGGCACUUGCCCUACACCAUCCACGACAUUGGCUCACACUAUCCGCAUGCGAUCGGUCAUGAUGACCAGCAGGCGGAGCCUAUGCCAAUCGAAGAGUGUGGGAAUCUACUCAUUCUUGCACUGGCUUAUGCGCAGGCCACUGCAGACACUGAUUGGACCGACCAGUAUAUGGGCAUCUUCCAGCAGUACGCCGAUUACUUGAUCGACAACGGCGUCGAUAUCGCCAAUCAACUCUCGUCCAAUGACGCCGCCGGCCCUCUUCCUAAUGAGACCAACUUGGCCAUCAAGGCAGCAGUCGGCAUCAAGGCGUUCGGCGAACUAAGUGGUUAUGAGCGAUACUCAGAGAUUGGCGAGGACCGUGCAGAUCUAUUUUUCUACGAGGGCCUGGGCACAGACGAAGAACACACUCAUUUCGUGUUACAGUACCCUGACUGCCCACAGUCAUGGAAGACCCCGUACAACCUGUUCCCCGAUUUCCUACUGGGACUGAAGACAUUCUCUGACGAGGCAUAUCAAAUGGGAAGCGACUUCUUCUCAUCUGUUCGCGGCGAGUUCGGUGUAGCUCUCGACAGUCGACAGGACUGGGCCAAAUCAGAUUGGAAUAUGUGGCUUGCAGGUACAUUUGACACGACCACGCGUGACGAGUUUGUCGAUGACCUCUGGGCAUUCAUGACCAACGGCAAGCAUAAUUGGCCCUUCUCUGAUCGGUAUGUCUCUACCUCCAAGCAUGGAAAUGAUCCGGGUACUCCUAUUCUAUGCCGAGCUCGUCCAACAGUUGGUGGUCACUUUGCAUUGUUGGCAUUGAAGGGACCUGCAUCUAUGCGGUCUUUGUCCGGCCGUAAGUCCGUUUACCAGAGGCCAGCUCGAAAGGCUGACAAAUUGCGGGACAAUCAUGUCAGUGAGCUCUGA